CCUUCAAUCAGACGAAUGUGCAAAAUUCACACCCGGGACACACCGAGAGACCGGUUUACAUGUCCCAAAACACACAGAAUCUCCAUGACACCGCUGCGUCACGUCAGGAGACGUUUCAGAAGCAGGUAGCAUGGUUUCAGUGCCCUGCGCUGUGACGGGAAUGGUUUCACCCGUCACCUGUGUUACGAGUGGUUUGCCCCACUAUUCAGCCUGCCUACCCUGAAUGAGUCAUCCUGCUCUUCCCUGAUUGGCCGGUCGGGAUCCAUCCCGAGGGAUUGCCAUGCAGAAAGCUGCCAAGGCCUGACUUCAUUCACAGAAACGUCGGUAUGCCCGUCUGCCUCUCCAUUCACAGGCAGCCCGAAUCAUUUGCACCAGCAUCCUCUGUUUCUCUCCUCAGCAUCAUUCCUGCAUCUCCCUGACAACACAGAGCGAGGGGCUUAUGUGCUUUUUUAUUGCUUGCUUUUGUCUCAGUGGAAGAUACGAACCCCCCCUCUCUCUCUCUCUCUCUCUCUCUCUCUCUCUCUGUUUUUCUCUCUGUGUUUUUUCUGAUUCGCAGGCAGAGAAGCGAGUCGCAGGGAGAGACCGCAGUGCGAUCGCCGCAGCCGCACAAGAGCUUGUGAAUGAGCACCUCUGGACAUUCUACAUGAAUGGCUCGUUUUUUGCUGCCCUGAUGUCGUGGCUUCGUUGCGUCGGCUGUUUUUUUGUUUGAAUGAGAUCUGACAUUAGCGUUUGUGAAUGGCGUUUCAGUGAGGUUGCAUCUGGACGUUGUGUGUUUGAGAGGGACGUUUAAUUAUUCAACAAAGCUCAUUCAGGAGCAAAGCUAGGCUUGUUUUUGUGCGGGAUCUGGGCGAUGGAAUUAUGAUGAUGUUUCGUAAUAUGUGAGAACGACCAGACGUGACGGGCUGUCGAACAAAGAGAAUAAACUGUGUUUGUCUCGAGGUUUCAGUUUGAGCAGAUUUUGUGGGGAUGGGUAAGAAGGGUAGAAACGACCAGGUCGACAGGAUGAAAUGUCUUUGUCGGAAUUCAUUGUAGGUUUAUAUGAUGUGUGAUUCAUGCGGUGGUUUGUCCUUUCGUAAUCGAUGACAGAUCGUGGAACAGAGCAGGUUUAUUUCGAGAGCUUGUGUGAGAUGACGCUGAAGGAGUAAAAUUCUGAAUGUACGUCGAGAAAAUUGCUGAAGUUAUAUGCGUACGUUCAAUCCAACAUCUGAAUGUUAAUCUGUUGAGUUUUUUAGUCUUCUGGCGGGUUUUGUUUUCAGCAUCAUUCUGAGGUUUCACAGGCUGUUAUUUAUAGGGUUGACUGAAAAAAUGAUGGGAUUAUUUCUGUAGAUGUUUGACAGAUUUGUUCAGUAGUUUUUGCAGGAACUGAAUGAAAGCUGGAGGCGUUCCUACGGACAGAACACAUUUUGAGAAUUGAUUGGUUCUAGCGAGCUUGAGUCAUGCAUGUUCUGGGAUCUGCCAGGAUGCGGGGAGAGAGAGAGACAUCUCUUCACUAGAGCUCUGUCUCUCUCCCUGCCAUCUCUGGCCCUCCGUCUCUGUAGAGGAGCGACCUCGCCGCUGCUUUUCUCUCGUCGUCCUCUUGUCUCCAUGGAUUCCGCGUUUUGCGGUUUAUUUUUGGUCUCCGAGCUGCUGCGCCGAGUCGGAUUUUCCUGACAGCAGCGUCCAGAGCGACAGCCCUCCGCCACCGCCUUCGUCCCAGCGAGCAGCCUCUCGCCGCCUCGGGUCCAGCAUGCUAAAGAAGCGGACGGUCAGCCGGGCGUCAGAUGUGUCCCUUCGUGCGUAGACCAGCAUACAGAGGGGAAUGCUUCACCGUGCCAAAUACAACCGAUUCCGGAAUGAGUCAGUGACGUCCGUCGAUGAGCUUCUGCACGGUCUCUCCAUGAAUGCCAAGGUCUCGGCCGUCCCGCCGCCGCCACCCGUGGGCGACCCUCCCUAUGCCCCGCCGGCCGAGGUCCUGCCCCCCGACCCCACCGAAGAGUCUGGAACCACUCUGUGCACCCUCAUCAACAAAGUCUCCCACCUGAAAUUCGCCAACUCCUCCGGACUGCUGGGCAUCAAGGGCCUGCCGUCCGCCGUCAAGGAUCUGGCCGUGUCAAAGCUCCAGGGAGGAGCAGGGGGAGGCGGCUCGUCCGCUCUCCCGGCCGCCACCGGGGGCAGCCAGUGAGCUUCGGGACCGUCGCACGUCCCGCUGGAGCCCGCCACCCUGAGCUCGGGGAAGAAGGUGAGGAUGGAUGAGCCUCAUCCCGGCGGAGAGAGCUGGAACCCGGCCGGCGCAGGACUGGUGAAUAAGCCGUGUCGAGGAUGGCUGCACUCCAGCGAAAAGAUUUCCGGACCUGGCGUGACGUACGUUGUUAAGUAUUUGGGCUGUAUUGAAGUUCUUCGGUCCAUGAGAUCUCUGGACUUCACAACACGAUCUCAGAUCACACGGGAGGCGAUCAGUCUUGUGUGUGAAGCUGUCCCUGCUACCAAAGGAGCUCUGCGCAAGAGAAAGCCUCCCUCUAAACUUCUGUCCAGUAUCUUGGGCAAGAGUAACCUGCAGUUUGCUGGUAUGAGCAUCAAUCUCAACAUCUCAACCAGCAGUUUGAACCUAAUGACACCUGACUCCAAACAGAUAAUAGCCAAUCAUCACAUGCAGUCCAUCUCUUUUGCUUCUGGUGGAGAUCCAGACACAACCGACUAUGUGGCUUAUGUGGCGAAGGAUCCAGUUAACCGUCGAGCGUGUCAUAUUCUGGAGUGUUCUGAUGGUCUGGCUCAGGACGUCAUCAGUACGAUCGGUCAGGCGUUUGAUCUGCGCUUUCAGCUCUACCUGCAGUGUCCAUCCAGCAAACCUUCAUCCAUGCCCGACAGGGUCAUGAGCACAGAUGAACCUCCGUGGACUGAAGAAGGGGAGGAGUCCGCCGAUCAUCAUUACUACAACAGCGUUCCCGGCAAGAUGCCACCACCAGGGGGCUUCAUUGAUGCUAGACUGUCCAAUCAGACGCAAGACAACAGCCAGGGCGCUGGAGUGGAUCAGACAUACUAUCAAGGCCGACCCAUGUUCAUCCAACAAGGGUCGUGUGAUAUAUACAGUCUGCCUGAGGUCAAAGGUCAGACCUCGAAGCCUGGUGAGGUCCCUACGUAUGUGAACACACAACACAUUGACACGCAGGUGCUGGCAGCACUCCAGAGCGAGACGGACACGUCGUGUGAUACGGGCACAUUCGGGGCAGCUAAAGACAGUCCCAGGAAAGAUCUUUUUGACAUGAAGCCGUUUGAAGACGCGAUCAUGACUCAGAGUCCAGCCGCAGGUCUGCCCGCCGCUGAGCUUCAUAAAGCCGCGUCCGUGGAUAACUGCAGCCCGCUGCUGGUGCGUGCAGCCGCUCUCAGAGCUCAGGAGGAGCUGGAAGACCAGGCCUGGUAUCACGGAGAGAUGAGCCGACGACAGGCCGAGAAACUGCUGCUCCACGACGGAGACUUUCUGGUGCGGAAGAGCACCACCAACACGGGCUCGUACGUCCUGACCGGGAUGCACAACGGACUGGCCAAACACCUGCUGCUGGUGGAUCCCGAGGGCACGGUUCGGACAAAAGAUCACAUAUUUGAGAGCAUAAGUCACCUGAUUGGCCAUCACCGUGACAACAACCUGCCAAUCGUCUCGGCGGGAAGCGAACUGUGUUUGAAGCAGCCGGUGGAUAGAAAACAGUGAGGACUCCUCGGAUCACGUGGGCCGGGUAACCCCACCCCUCUUUCACCAAACACACUUUCUCAUCGUAGAGAAGAGACGUGAUGACUGUGUGACGUUUUGGAGGUGACAGGAAUGACGGAGGACAGCGCUUUUUAGAUCCUCAUGGACCAUUUGUUUCGGACGAUGAGACGCGGCGCUCUCGUGGACUGAGACGUGAUUCGCAGAAGUGUGUUUUACUGCGCCGGUUAAGAAUCUCUAUUUUUGACGGUUUUGGUGGGUUUCGGACAGCUGAAAGCGUAAAUCGUAGAUAUAGUUUAGAAGAAAGCGACUCGAUCUUAAAGAGGGUCGAAGUGAAAACUAGAUUAAGAAAAACGUAUUUUAGAAUAAACAAAGUUUUAGUUUUGUCUAUCAAGCACAACUGGAUUUUCAUGUUUGGUGGUAAGAAAUUAGAAGAACAACAAAUGUUUGAGAAAAAAAUAAAGCUGUUUAUAUAUGGGUUUAUUUGAGGUCCUUUGCAGCGGCUAGUGUGCCAGAUACUCUGGUAGCUUCUAUCAAAUCACUGUUUUAUGCUUUUCAGACGGAGGACAUGAAUGUGUUUGCUUUAACACAAAUCACACGGUGCACGUACACACAAACACACACACACACACGGCUUUAAAGUACCUACAUUUUUCUAUGACGUUGAAACCUGUGGCACUCGCAUGACUUAAAAAGCGUAAACUUGUACUUGUGGUCAUUGUUGGUAGCAUCCAGAGCCCAGCGGAGGUGCUUGUGUGUUUGCUCGCGGUGUAAAAUCCUUCUGCUUUCCCACUCUUCAUUCCCUUGAGUUACUUCUUUAAACUUGUCGACGGUGUGUAUUCCUUGGGUCGAGGAUGUUUCUAUCGGUCGUAUGAUUUUCAUGGUUUGACUGUGGGCUUCACAAACAAACAGUGAUAUUAUUACGCUUAUUCUUUGGAUUAUUCUUUGACAUUAAAGGAUUAUACAUGAAUGGCACAA